GCGUAGUGAUUCAUCAAUGUCUGCAGCUUUAAGCCUUACAGAAUACAGCCCAGAGUCGUAGUAGCAUCAUGAUGUUGUAACUGAUUGAAACCACAUACGAAUCUCGCGAAUGGUAAGUCGAUGUGUGAUCACGUGAGGCACUCUUCACAUCCAUGAAGGAGUGGCAUACGUGGGAAGAAAUUACGUAGGAAUAUGGCCAAGUCGACAGUUCCAAGUAAUCAAACAUCCGACCUCCCACUACAUAUUCUUUAUCAAAAUUCUAGCAAGACUGUCACCGUGAUUGACAUCCCACGGUCAAUCGAAGAUGCUCAAUCACUAUCCUCCGAACAGCACACUACGCGUCUGAAGACUGCGAAGAGGUUGAUAUCUUGUAAACCAAUAGACACACCAUAUCCAUCACUUGAGCCCAAAUCUGCCAAAGCUCUUAGAAAUGCACCGGAGAAAGGGAUCGAAGAAUUGAUGCUGGAGCGUUACGUUCAGCUGGCGCUUGAUGAGAUGAUGGGGGAUGAGAGAUGGGAGGGGAAAGUUUGUUUAGAAAGGAUUUGGGGAGAUGAGGAACCCAAAAGGAAGAGGAAAGCAGCUCCAGAAGAAGCAGAGAAGUCUCAGCAAACCGUCAUCAAAGUUGAAAACGUCUCCUAUCUUCCAAAACGCGUUGAGAUUGGUGGAGUUUCGGGGACCAUGCCACCUAAAUCUAUAAUGAUAUAUGGCAAUAUACCUGAAACUAACCUCUCUUCCAAUCUGGAAAUGCGUGAUGAAGAAUUUCCAAAAUUCCAUGUGGUAAUUGCCGAUCCACCUUGGCCUAAUCGGUCUGCUUUACGGAAAGAUGCCUAUGCUACUGCAUCGGGAUCUGGAGGGAUAGAGAGUCUGUUGAGAUGCUUACCAUGCCAUCAGGUAGAACACAAUGGCUACGUUGGAAUAUGGAUAACAAACAAACCCGCUUUCCGCUCCAUGCUAUUGGACGAAGGAGGGGUAUUUGAUCACUGGGGUCUUCAAUUGGUAGAAGAAUGGAUUUGGCUUAAAGUUACAUCGAGUGGUGAGCCGAUGUGUAAUAUUUCAGGCACGUGGCGGAAACCAUGGGAGAUUUUACUUGUGGGACGGAAGAAGGGCGAGAAAGAGAGUAUUGGAGGAGAAGGAGACUCAGAACUUAAGAAGUCCCUUGGAAAUGGGAAAUUGGAUAUGAAAGAAGAAUAUGACCUCGAGGGAUCAAAUCAACACUCGCACUCGCCCUCGCCCUCGCCUAACCCAUCCCGAUCUGAAAACUCAAAUCUUCCCAUAGAACGAAGAAUCAUAAUUGGAGUUCCAGAUUUACACUCACGGAAACCUAACUUGAGGUUUCUAUUCAGACAGUUAUUGGGGUUACGGGGCGGUGAUGAAGAGUAUAGGGGUUUAGAAAUCUUCGCGAGGAAUCUCACGGCUGGGUGGUGGGGGUGGGGAAAUGAAGUUUUGAAGUUUCAGGAUGAGGGGGCUUGGGUUGAUGAGGAAGGCGGUGAUAAUGAUGUUGUUGGUGAUGAAAGAGUGGAUGAGGUAUUGAAAGUGAAGAAUCGAGAGGUUAGGGAAGACGAGAAGAGCAACGGGGAGUGAAGGGAGAGGUAUAUCAGUUGUUGAAUUUGAAAACGUGUUUGGAUUGAUAUUGGCGGGGAACUGCGUGAAUGAUGUCAAUUCGUCAAAGUACAAAUUAGACGAUUUGAAUGAAGUAGCCGGCCAUAUUCGGAUCAGCUAGAGCACCACCAGCGAAUAAUUUUAUCGAUUUAUAGGAUAUUGGCCCCA